AUUUGCAAGGCUUAUCUUGCAGAAGAGAUUUCUAACUUUUGUUCUUAUUACUUUCAACCUCAUGUUGAUACGAAAUCUAGAGAUCUAGGACGCAAUGUUGUUGAUGAUGAUGAUCUAGAUUCAACUAUACCAGAAUUAUUCCAAUUUAGCAAAGGUCGUGGCAAAGGUGUCCAAACAAGGUUUUUAGAUUCGAAAGAAGUCAAGCAUGCACACCACUAUGUUCUUUCCAAUUGUGGGGUGUUAGGAGAAUAUGAAAGGAAUUUUGAAGAGUCGAUGAUGCAAAAAUAUCCUGGUAUUGACCUACAUGAUAUUUGGAGCAAGUUUUCACAUGAUUUUUCCAAAUGGUUUCAGGAUUUUGUUAUCGAAUCUAAUGAGACUGAUGAAGUGAUUCGAGCACUUGCCAUGGGUCCGUCUAGACAAGUCAAAACAUGGAGGCAAUUUGACAUCAAUGGCUUUAAGUUUCACACUUUUGAUUAUGGAAAGCACAAGGCAACUAUGAAUUAUGGUGUGGGUGUAAUAAGUGAGGAGGAAAUUGAUUACUUCGGCAUUUUAGAAGAAGUCAUUGAGCUGGUCUACUUGGGGACCGUAAAUUUCUUCAAAGUCGUCUUGUUUAAAUGUCAUUGGAUGGAUUCAGUGAAUGGCAUGAAUAUUCAUGAGCAGUAUAGAUUAGUUGAUGUGAACCACUCUAAGAAAUACCCUGCAUAUGAUCCUUUUGUUCUAGCACAUCAGGUUUAUCAAGUGUAUUUUACCUCUUAUCCAAGCUUAAAGAAAGAUAAGAGUCAAUGGUGGGCUGUUUUUUAGACUAAAGCUAGGUCAAGUGUGGAUGCCCCAAUCGAUGAGUCAAUUUUCCACGUAGACAUUGUUGAGACCCCAACCCUUUAUUCCUCGGAUGAUGAUGAUGGUGUUAUGUACGAGGAUAUGGAUGAAAUGGAGGAGGACGGCUCAGGUGGUGAAGAGGAAGAACGACAUGAAGAAGAUGAAUGGGAUGACACUGAAUCUGAAUCUGAAGAAGAGGUUGAUGGAGAGUUAGGAUAUACUGACAGCGAUGACGAGGACGAUGAAGAGGAUGAUGAUGAUGAUGAUGAUGAUGUGGAUGAAGAAGAGGAAUAAUUUCUAAGCUUGUAGUUUUCAAUGUGUUUUCUUUGUUAUGGGCUUAUUAGUUUGAUAGACAAUGUGUUUAUCUUAUUUGUUUGGUAUAUGAUAAAUGUUUUAAAAUUUGUUGAUCAUAUUUGUGAGCUUACUUUUUUUAAAAAAAAAAAAUUUAU